GUGUUUGAGAAUCGCGCGUUAAAGCCGAGCACGUCAGAAUCGCAUAUAACCUAUCUGCAUGUGCUAUCGAUGAUUCCGUACCGGUAGAAAUAAAUAAUGCGAACGAUGUCUCGCUUAAUUAAUCUUCUGGUAUUAAACAAGUGCCCGAGUCAAGCAUUUAGAACCCGUUUACCGAACCCCAAUCAAUAUUAUUUGCAAAUCAAGCGUGUAAAUACGUCCGCAUAUUUGCGAAAGUCGAGCAGUCGGAUAGGCGAUCUUCGCGGCAAGAAAUCUAUUUUUGACAAGGCUCUCGUGACAUGGAAAAGUCUGGCAGUCACCGGCGUGUUGGGCUCAAUUUUUUUGACAUACAUGUACUAUUUGCAAGCGACGAAGGACAAGCAGUUGGAACGUGAAAGGAGAAGGGAGUUGGGCAAAGCAGCGAUCGGUGGAAAGUUCGAACUGGUCGAUCCUCAAGGAAAGCUGGUCAGAUCGGACGAUUUCUUAGGGCAAUGGGUCCUGAUAUACUUCGGCUUCACUCACUGCCCUGAUAUAUGCCCGGACGAACUUGAGAAACUCGCGGCAGUCGCUAAUUCCUUAGAGAAGGAACAUAACAUGAAAGUACAGCCCAUUUUUAUCUCUGUGGAUCCAGAGAGGGAUACACCAGAAGUUGUUGGGAAGUAUGUUAAAGAGUUCUCUGACAAGAUCCUUGGAUUGACAGGAAACGUAGAACAAAUCGCGAAAGUAUGCAAAGCAUACAGAGUAUACUUCAGCAGUGGACCCAAAGUCGACUCCGAUUACAUUGUUGAUCACACGAUCAUCAUAUAUCUGGUAGAUCCCGAUGGCCUGUUCGUCGAUUACUAUGGCCUGACGCACACUGCAGAACAGAUUGUACAUAGCACCUGCAUAAAUAAGGCGAAGUACGAUAGAAUAAAGAGCGAUUCCUGGCUUCCGUCGGUGCCACUGAAGAAUCCGUUGGCAGCGUAAUUUUAUUUGUAUUAUAUAAUAAUUGUUUAAUAAAUAAGUUAGCUAGAUAUGUCCAAGAGUAAAUGUUCGUAAAAUGCGAAUCAAUAAAUUUGUAUGAAGUCGAA